ACUUAUAUUAAAAAACAUUUUAAUUGAAAUUUUUAGCGAAACUCAUGUUGACGCCACGGAUAACUAUUUGUUUACGGGUCAACUAAAAACAAUGUCGUUUUGGCGUCACAACGGCAAAUAUUACUUAUUCAAUAGUCACGGAGUAGAUGAGACUAACAAAAGAAACAACGUCGAAAAUUUGAACGUCGCACGGCUAUUUUGUUCGGAAAAUGUAGAAGCAUUGGCUACAUUAAUAAUUAAAAGUUAUGCACCCUCAAACGAUCAAUAUCAAAUAAAUAAAAUCCGUGUAGAAAAUCUCUCCGAUUUUAAUGAAAAUUUACCCACAAGACAGUCAGAGUCAAUGCUUACUGAUCCAAAAUUUACAGUUUUAAAACCAGUCGUAGUUCUGGAAAAAUUAGAUACGCGUAAAAUCAAUAUUUCCAAACCUCUUAAACGAAAGGCGUCAACCGAGAUACCCGCGAAAAAAUUGACAGUUGAUAAAUUAAAUGACUUUAAAUUAAAUAUGAACCCAGUUGUUGUUUUAAACAAAAUUGAAAGUAUUGAUUGCAAAAAACAAGUCGGUAGGUCUAAAAAACAACAACGGGGACGUAAAACAACAAAACAAAAUGCGCAUUUAGAUGCAUCAAAAAAGUAUAACAAAAGCAACCCAGCAACAAAUAGAACCGCAGUAAAAAUUUACACGACUAAAAAACCCGAGAUAAACCAAAAGGCCGUGAAAACGUAUAUGACCAAAAAACCGGAAAUAAAUAAAGCUUCCGUUCAACGGUAUAACACAACAAAUAGAAACGUCGAACCUGAAUUACGAGGAUUAAAUUUAAUAGCCCAAAAACGCGAUGAAGACCUUAAUAUAGUUAAAUUGUUUUCGUUGAAAAAAUCGACCCUGUUAGGUCCUAAUAUACACGUGUGUUCAAUCUGUCAAACUCGACUGUUUUUUGAAGAGAAAACUCGCACAAAAUGGUGCUGCGGACAAGGCGCCUACAAUGUCCAAAAUUUAGAACCCCUUACCGAGGAAUUUUAUAGCCAUACGUCGUUUUUAAAUAGACCGCGCGCUUACAAUAACUUAUUCGCUUUCUCUGCAUUAGGCGUUUCUCAUGGAUACCAGCAACCUAACACCGGAAUAACAUUUUUAAAAAUUCAAGGUCGUAUUUAUCACAGAGUAUUUGAUUUAAGUUAUUCGGACAGUACUAAUCCUAUUGGAAUGUAUGUGCACGACGAUAAUGAAACUCGCGAACGACAAGCCCAAAAUCUAAAUCUAGAUAUGCAAGUGAUUCGUUCAAUAACAAAUUUUAUGCACAAUGUAAAUCCAUACAUUGAAUGUUUCAAACGGUUAAAUCGCGAAACAUCCGAAAAUGCUCACAUUAUUUUUCAACAAACGUCACGGAAGUGGCCGCCAUUAUUAGAACAGAAGUAG